AUGGCAAUCAAACAUUAAUAGAUUGAUGAACCUUUAUAAUUGUUAAAGGGAUUUAAAAUACCAUUACUUAAUACAUAUUUUCAAGAACCUUACAUAUCUCCUUAAAAUGCUAAGUAAUAAAUGAGUUCCAGGAGUAAUCAUCAACCAUUUUUUGAAUCCCCAACUACAAAAGCAAUAUCAACAAGUAGAGAAUUUUAUCGUUUUGAACCUUUAAAAGUUGAAAAAAUACAAAAGAACAAAUUAUUAGAAGAAAGAUCAUUAUCCCCAAUAAAACCUAAAAUUUUUGAAGAUAACAAAUUAAAAGGAUUAUUAAAUAUUGUUUCAGAUAGAAAUAAAUAAAUUCAUUUAAAACAAUAUGACUUUAAUGUAGGUGGAUCAACUAGUAAUACAAAAAAAAUAAAGUUUAAUUUUAAGAAAAUAAAUAUUAAAAUACCUUAAAAAAUCCAAUUUUCAAAAGAAGAUCCUGAAAAUAAUAAGAAAUUCUUAAUAAAUACUCUUCGAAAAAAUUCAGUUAUUCAUAAUUAAGUAGAUAUUUAAAGACCUGAGAGAUCUAAAUCUGAUAUUGAAAGAGUAAGAUCAAAAUCAAAUUUAAAAUAAGUUAGUCCAUAAAAAGAUUAAUUAAUUGAUGAGUAACAAAAAAAGAAAACUGUAAGAUUCAAUGAAUUGGUUGAAAUAAGAAUGUUUGAUAGAAUAAAAUCUCAUUUAAUAAAAUAGAUAAUGUGA